AUGCGGAUCAUGCGGCCACCGAGUCCCGGCGACAUUAUGGAGCUCACACCUGCGAGCAUACCACCUUCUUCUUCUUUUUCAGAUGAUCACGAUAAUCAGCAGCAGCAGCAGCAGCAGCAGUCAAAUACCAGCAACAGCUCGACGAUUCAGAUUAUCCUCAACAGCAACAGCCCUGGAAACAGCCAGCAGACGAUAACACUGAAUCAGCAGCAACAACCAACCGGCGCCACCAAUCCCUUUGCCUGCAACCACUGCCACUGGACGAGCGACAGUGAGGAGCGCCUGCUGGAGCACAUCUGCGCCGUCCACCUGGAAACCCGGGCAAACCGGGAGGAUCAAGAGGAGACAAGUAAUAAUACAGGGGAACAAAGAGGCAACAAGCGAAAGCUCAAAGUGGUGCGAAUCUCGUCUAGUGCAACUGGAGCCUCAAAUCGGCGAAAGCAGAGGAUGCCAUCAUCGACCACAUCAGCAGCCCAACAACCAAAGACAACUGAUGAUACCUCAUCUUCUUCAGCCAACAAUGAAACCAGCACCACCACCGCCUCCACCGCCCACUUCCACUACGUCUGUCAGUUUCUGCGCUGCUCGAAGCGCUUUGCGAAGCUCGACCAGCUGCGCCAGCACCACCGAGGCCACCUCAACCUGAAGCCGUAUCACUGCACCUGGCCCGGCUGCGCCCAGUACUUCAGCAGGCGACCGGCGGCCCUGCGUCACAUCCGAACGUCGCACUUUAAGGUCCAGCGGGAGCAGCUGCCCGAGCUGAGCGCCGAGGAGCGCGCCCAGGCGCAUCAGUUUGUCGGUGUCGUCCGCGAGCGGGUGGCUGAGGAGGAGAGCGCCUUGGACGCGGUGAGGCGGGCGANACCAAAGACAACUGAUGAUACCUCAUCUUCUUCAGCCAACAAUGAAACCACCACUACUACCACCACCGCCCACUUCCACUACGUCUGUCAGUUUCUGCGCUGCUCGAAGCGCUUUGCGAAGCUCGACCAACUGCGCCAGCACCACCGAGGCCACCUCAACCUGAAGCCGUACCACUGCACCUGGCCCGGCUGCGCCCAGUACUUCAGCAGGCGGCCGGCGGCCCUUCGUCACAUCCGAACGUCGCACUUUAAGGUCCAGCGGGAGCAGCUGCCCGAGCUGAGCGCCGAGGAGCGCGCCCAGGCGCAUCAGUUUGUCGGUGUCGUCCGCGAGCGGGUGGCUGAGGAGGAGAGCGCCUUGGACGCGGUGAGGCGGGCGAAGAAGCGCAUUCAAAUUGGCGGGGAACCGUCACGUAAAAUAACAGCAGCUGCAACAGCAGCAUUUUCAUCCUCAAAACGGCCUAAACCAAAGAGAAGAGCUAACGAUGAGGAUGANAAGAAGCGCAUUCAAAUUGGCGGGGAACCGUCACGUAAAAUAACAGCAGCAACAGCAUUUUCAUCCUCAAAACGGCCUAAACCAAAGAGAAGAGCUAAUGAAGACGAUGAGGAAAUCGAGGAGGAAGAGGAUGAGAACAGUCAGGAGGAAGAGGUAAUGGAAAUAGAAGUGGAAGAAGAGGAGCCCAUCAUCGAGGAGGAGGCAGAACAGCUGCUCCCGGUCCCGCCAAACUCUGAGCCCUUAGCCGAUGAUGAUCAACAGCCACAGCCACAGCAACAACCACAGCUAUCUCAAUCCACCUGCGGCGGCGGCGGUCUAUCACCUCAUCGCUACGUCUGCCCGUUUCCCCGCUGCGCCGAUCUACCAGCUCAUCGCUACGUCUGCCAGUUUCCCCGCUGCGACAAGGUCUACUCGCGCCUCUACGCGCUUCGCAUGCACCACCGCUCGCACACUAAGACGCAGCCGUACUACUGCAAAUUCCCGGUGGUGGUGGCUGCCAAAGACCUACCCGAAGAUGCUCAGGAAACGGCCACCACCACCACCGCCGAUCCAGCGGAGUGCGGCGAGACCUUCCGCCGACGGGCAAAUGCCGCCCGCCACGUGCUCGCCAAGCACUACGGCGUGCCCAAGGCCGCUCAGCCGGCGCUCUCCAAGGCGGAGAAGGGCCGCGCCCUGCCGUACAUUGGCGAGCGCGCCAAG